AUGGAUGAGAAACAAGUUAGUGAAGAAAAGAAACCAAGCCAAGAUUGUAAUGAGUUAAUUGUUUCUCUUCCUAGAGAGAAGGGUUGGAUAACACCUUAUCUCCAUUUAUUCCAAGGGUUUUGGUAUUCCUCAAGUGAAAUCCAAGCCAUAAGCACUUUUCAAAAUCACUUCCAAGCAAAAGACAAUGAUAUUGUUGUUGCUAGUGUUCCAAAAUCAGGCACCACUUGGUUGAAAGCCCUUACCUUUGCCAUUGUCAAACGUGAAAAUUUUCCUUCCUUAGAGAACCAUCCACUACUUGUUUUCAAUCCCCAUGAACUUGUGCCUCCAUUUGAAUUUGUCAUAUAUGAUGAAACUAAUUGGCAAGUUCACGAGCUACCCAAAAUGCCAGAGCCAAGAAUUUUUGGAACUCAUGUUCCAUUUUCUUCAUUGGCCAAAUCAAUCAAAGAGACAAAUACUAAGAUCGUUUACAUUUGUAGGAACCUAUUUGACACCUUCAUAUCUACCUGGGUUUUUGUGAACAGAAUUAUGCCUGAGUUUUUGCCUGCAUUGCCUCUAGAGGAAGCUUUUGAAAGAUACUGCAAAGGGAUAAUAGGGUUUGGUCCAUCGUGGAACCAUAUACUAGGUUAUUGGAGAGAGAGCAUUGCAAGACCAGAUAAGGUUUUGUUCUUGAAGUACGAGGAUGUUAAAGAAGAUGUUGUGUUUAAUGUGAAAAAAAUUGCAGAAUUCUUGGGGUGUCCUUUCACUAAAGAAGAGGAAAGUAAUGGAGUGAUUGAAAAUAUAAUUAAGUUGUGUAGUUUUGAGAAUAUGAAGGAAUUGAAGGUAAAUAAAUGUGGAACCAUGGGCAAAGGAAGGAUAGUUGAGAAUAAGUAUUUCUUUCGGAAGGCAGAAAUGGGAGAUUGGGUAAAUUAUUUUUCUCCUUCGAUGGUUGAAAAAUUAUCUAAAAUUAUAGAGGAAAAAUUAAGUGGGUCGGAUUUAUCAUUUAGAGUGUAUGAUCUUAAUAAUAGUAUUUAG